UACGAAACAUGAACAACCAAAAAACACCCAAAAUAGGAGACGUUAUCAUAGGAUGGGAAGUUUCUAGGGUACUAAAUUAUACUACAAACAUAUCAUAAUAAAUUGUAUUCCCUAUUUCCUUCUGUUUUUAUCUCUAUUUUCCUAUUUAUUCACAACAGAAACUAUUUUCUCGUAAAAGAUUAAAAAAAAGAGGAAGCACAAAAACUACUAAUUAAGUUGGUGGAGAGAACCUCGUGCUUUUCACCCGUCUAGUAGUAGUACUUCUUGUUGUUGAUUCUAUCUAGGGUUUGAGCAGUCGCUCUCUGAUUCCCAACAGAAACGCAUCAGAAACUCAGACCUAAUAAGUCAUCCAUGCAAAGCAAAGCACUGCCAUUGCAGCAUCGUUUUUGCCGUUAUGUUUGGAUUUUCCUUUUUACUGCUUCAACUACUUUGACCUCGCCGUAGUAAAAACUCCCUUUCAUUUCCUCUUUCCUCGUCCUUAUCCUUCAUAACGGAAAGAGAGAGAGAGAGAGAGAGAGAAAUCACCGCGAAUCUACGCCUCCCAAAUCAGUAAAAACAACCCCCGGGAUUUACUUCAACAUGCACGCGAUUUCCAAACCUGUCCUCUCCUCUCACACCUAACCAAAAGAGUAAAACACCCCAUCUCCAAUACAUGGUUUGGUAAUGAUUUGGUUCGAUAUAUGAUCGAACCAAAUUAGAGUAUAACUCUCGUUGUCAGAAAUGAUGGAAAUUUGUUAGUCUUUUUUAUUAUACUUUUAAUCGUGUUUUUUUUUGUUCUUAGGGACCAACUGAAAUAGUAACGAGUAACGACCAUGCCUGAUAUGGAUUCAUUUCAAGUUGGCGCAUGGCAUGAGCGAGAGUGAACCAUAGUAAAUACUGAACCAAAUCGAUCGAUUUGCAUGUGCUUUGUGUCAUUCAUCGACUUAGGUAAAAAUGCUAUGUGCAUAAGAUUUAACUGAUUGUAACUACUACUGAAUCCUAUUGGACUGUGUUAAAAAUGAUCAACUCAAUUUGGUUUGAUUCAACAAAUUCUCUAUAAAACAAGGGGGAGGGGACAAUCAAAUUGAAGCCUGACCAGAUCAAAUAGCAUACAAUGCAAAUCGAAUUGUGCUUCUGCAGUGUUUCAAUCUAAUAAGUUCUACAACGGUUCGAUAUGUGUUAAAUCAUUAUAAUGUUGUCAUACUUAAUCAUUCUCGCUACAAAGUUUUGAAUCAUGUACCAUUUGAUCUAAUCCAAUUUGUUUUGGACCGAACCGUCGCCCACACCGCAACCCUUCCAACAUGACCAAAACCGUAAAUUUCCAAUCCUUCCUCUGUCCCUACAACGCGUUGUUUCCCACAAACUUUCUCCUUCCAAUCCAUCCAACGAAAGAUCCAAUUCCAAGCAGCUGCCUCUCUCUCUCUCUCUAUCUGCCUGUAAGCUGUAAGCAAUAAAACUUUUUCCUUUCUCCCAAAAAAAAACUCCCAAAUCAUCUCUCUCUCUCUCUCUUCCUCUGCUCUCUCCCCCCUUUUCCGUUUCCCUUUUCUCCCCCUCCCUCUCCCUAAAAAAUGUCGACUCCCCUGCCAUCCACAAUGGCUUCCAUAAUCAUCUUCUCCGUCUCCCUCCUCCUCAUCCUCUCACUCUCACCCGCCGCCGCCGGCAGCGGCAUGUCGGCGUCGCUCCAGAAGCUCCUCCACAGCCAGGGGCUCCCCGGAGGACUGUUCCCCGACAAUGUCAAAUCCUUCGAUCUCGAUUCCACCGGCCGGCUCGAGGUCGAGCUCGACGGCCCCUGUUUGGCCAAGUUCGAAAACAGAGUGUUCUUCGAGAGCGUGCUGCGGGCCAAUCUCAGCUUCGGCGGGCUCAUCGGAAUGGAAGGCUUGACUCAGGAGGAGCUCUUCCUCUGGUUCCCCGUGAAAGGGAUCUUCGUCAGCGAUCCGGCCUCGGGGGUUAUCUUGCUCGAUAUUGGUCUCGCUCGCAAGCAGCUCUCUGUUUCUCUGUUCGAAGAUCCGCCUUCUUGCAAGGCUCAGCAAGGUGAGUUGUUGAAGGAAUCCACAGCAAUGGUGGGAUUGGCAGCUGAGAGAUGAGAAAAAAGGUUUCAACUUUCAUAUAGAGAAAGACAGAGAGAAUUUUCAAGUUUCCUUCCCUCCACCGGUUUUGAUUUUUCUUCUUCUUCUUCUUCUUCUUCUUCUUCUUCUUCUUCCAGUCUUUCUGGGUUUUCUUUAUGUUCUUCAUCUUCUUUUUACCUUUUCCUUUUCUUUCCUUUUUGUUUCUCUUGCUUUUGUUUGAAUCAAAGUUUUGAGUGGGGGAAAAAGGAGUAGGAGAGGGUAGUGAUAGAAAUUGUACAAAUGUUGGUAGUGGACUUCUGGUGGGUUGGGGGAAAAUGGACGGAGGGCUUAAGGAUUCUUGAAUUCUCUUGUUGAUAAACAUUUUGAAUUUUUAGUUUAUAGAGUUCCAAAAGAUCUUCUGUGUUUGGAUGGAUGAUGAUUGUCUUCCUUAAAUUUCAUCUAUACUUGCAAUUAGGGGAGCAAUUAGUGGGGGGAAGAUGGAGUGAUUAGAAGCUAAAAAUGAGUAAAUUAUGGUCUUAAUUGAAGUGACCAAAUUUCAGACCAGUUCUGUGAAUGCCAAGUUAAAGCCACUUCUGGUAAGUAGUAAGGUUGUUAGCUGCUAAAAUUGUUUAGGGUAAGUAGCUAGUGGAGAGCCCAUCUUUUUAUAGGAAAAAGCCUGAUAUUGCUACACUAGCCUACCACCACAAUGCCACAGAUUCUACUCCUUUUAGAGUUUAUGAGGCAGAGCCAUGAUUGGAGUUCUUUCACUUGAAAAAAAAGCCGGAUUCCAUGGAUGAUUUCCAGCAAGUUGUCGACUGUCUUCUGAACUCUGAAUCUCUUCCCUUUUUGGCUCUCUACUCUACUCCAGAACAAACUUCUAAGUUACCAGAUUCGCUCAGGGGGGUCGAUAUCUUUCGUUUUUUUAGGAUAUAAUGCUAGUGCGAUUAACCGUGUCUUACCAUUCGUUCGAAAUCGAUUCAAGUUUCAAAGACUUCAAGCCAAUCAUACAUAUAUUUAGAAACUUGGCAAAACUUGAAGAAUAGAGAUGACUUUUCUGG